ACCGCCAGAAGAAAAGCCACCCGUUUGUCCCCCUCCCCUACCUUCCAUCCUUUGCCCAGGAGCUGCCUUCCUUGCAGUCACGCCCCUUCCUUCCUAGGAGCUUUCUGGCUGCCCAAGCGGGUGGGCCAUCGAUUUAUUCUCCUAUCUCGCUUCUCUUUGGUCUCAUCUUCUCUGAGUUUUUACCUUCCCCUCCACCCCCACCUCCAGUCUGUCUCUCCUGCGAUCAUCCGCAGUUCCAGCCUCCGGCCUGGUAUCCUGUCUGCCCACUGCCACCAAGAAGAGCGCGGACAGAACAGCGAGGAAGGGAGCAGCCAGAAUUUGGGGCUUCUUCCUUGCCUAUCCCUGACCGCCGGCCCUAAACCAAACCCAGUGGAAGCGAGCAGAGAAUCGUCACCUUUAGGGGGUCAAGGGCAGCCCAGGUGCCCAAUUUCUCUCUCUCUUCACAAGGCACCACCAGCAAUAGAGAUGAGAAAUUCUGAAGAACAACCAAGUGGAGGAACCACAGUAUUGCAGCGCCUGCUACAAGAGCAGCUUCGCUAUGGCAAUCCUAAUGAAAACCGCAACCUGCUUGCCAUACACCAGCAAGCCACAGGGAAUGUCUCUCCUUUCCCAAGUGGCAGUGGGAACCCAGGUCCUCAGAAUGAUAUAUUGAGUUCUCAAGACCACCAUCAACAACUUGUGGCUCAUGCUGCUAGACAAGAGCCCCAGGGGCAGGAAAUUCAGUCAGAAAAUAUCAUCCUAGAGAAACAACUUUCCCCUCGGAUGCAGAAUAAUGAAGAACUCCCAACAUAUGAAGAAGCCAAGGUCCAAUCCCAGUACUUUCGGGGGCAACAGCAUGCCAGUGUUGGAGCUGCCUUUUAUGUCACUGGAGUCACCAACCAGAAGAUGAGGACUGAGGGACGCCCAUCAGUUCAGCGACUUAAUCCUGGGAAGAUGCACCAGGAUGAAGGACUCAGAGAUCUUAAGCAAGGACAUGUCCGCUCAUUGAGUGAACGACUAAUGCAGAUGUCAUUGGCCACCAGUGGAGUUAAGGCUCAUCCACCUGUUACCAGUGCUCCCCUCUCCCCACCACAACCCAGUGACCUCUACAAAAAUCCCACAAGUUCCAGUGAAUUCUACAAGACCCAAGGGCCAUCUCCCAACCAGCAUAGCCUGAAGGGCAUGGAACAUCGAGGUCCCCCACCAGAGUAUCCAUUCAAGGGCAUGCCACCCCAGUCAGUGUGCAAGCCCCAAGACCCAGGGCUCUUUUAUAGUGAGCAUCGUCUGAACCAGCCAGUGAAAACAGAGGGGCAACUGAUGAGAUAUCAGCAUCCCCCUGAGUAUGGAGCAGCCAGGCUACCACAAGACAUCUCCUUGACACUGUCAACCAGAAACUCUCAGCCUCACAGCCCUACUUCCUCCCUCACAUCUGGGGGUUCCUUGCCCUUGCUGCAGUCUCCACCAUCCACUAGGUUGUCUCCUGCUCAGCAUACCUUGGUCCCAAACCAAGGUGACCACUCAACUCACUUGCCAAGGCCACAGCAGCAUUUUCUUCCUAAUCAGGCUCACCAAGGUGAUCAUUACCGCCUCACUCAGCCAGGCCUGAGUCAGCAGCAGCACCCUCCCCACCAGCAGCAGCAACAGCAGCAGCAGCCAUCUUCUGGAGAAGUCUACUCAGCUAUGCCACGGGCUCAGCAGUCUGCUUCUUACCAGCCAAUGCCAACAGAUCCUUUUGCCAUUGUUUCCAGAGCACAGCAGAUGGUUGAAAUUCUCUCAGAUGAGAAUCGAAACUUGCGGCAGGAGUUGGACGGAUGCUAUGAGAAGGUAGCAAGACUGAAGAAGGUGGAGACAGAAAUCCAGCGUGUUUCAGAAGCAUAUGAGAACCUUGUGAAGUCAUCCUCCAAAAGAGAAGCCCUGGAGAAAGCCAUGAGAAACAAGCUUGAGGGCGAGAUACGGAGGAUGCAUGACUUCAACAGGGAUCUGAGAGAGCGACUAGAGACUGCCAACAAACAGCUUGCAGAGAAAGAAUAUGAGGGUUCAGAAGACACCAGAAAAACCAUCUCUCAGCUUUUUGCAAAAAAUAAAGAAAACCAGAAGGAGAAGGAGAAGCUAGAAGCUGAGCUAGCCACUGCCCGUUCUACCAAUGAGGACCAAAGGCGACACAUUGAAAUCCGAGAUCAGGCCUUGAGUAAUGCCCAGGCCAAGGUGGUGAAGCUGGAGGAAGAGUUGAAAAAGAAGCAAGUAUAUGUAGAUAAAGUGGAGAAGAUGCAACAGGCCCUUGUACAGCUCCAGGCAGCAUGUGAAAAACGUGAGCAGCUAGAGCAUCGUCUUCGGACAAGAUUGGAGAGGGAACUGGAAUCUCUCAGAAUUCAGCAGCGUCAGGGAAACUCUCAGCCCACCAGUGUUUCAGAAUAUAAUGCUGCUACAUUGAUGGAGCUUCUCCGUGAGAAAGAGGAACGGAUCUUGGCCCUGGAAGCUGAUAUGACUAAGUGGGAGCAGAAGUAUUUGGAGGAGAAUGUGAUGAGACAUUUUGCUUUGGAUGCUGCUGCAACUGUAGCUGCUCAGCGGGACACAACAAUCAUCAGUCACUCUCCUAACACCAGCUAUGACACAACUCUAGAAGCUCGCAUCCAGAAGGAGGAGGAAGAAAUCUUGAUGGCAAAUAAACGUUGCCUUGAUAUGGAGGGCAGGAUUAAGACCCUCCAUGCCCAGAUUAUUGAGAAGGAUGCCAUGAUCAAAGUACUCCAACAGCGUUCCCGGAAGGAGCCCAGUAAGACAGAACAGCUGUCAUCUAUGCGGCCAGCAAAGUCUCUCAUGUCCAUUUCCAAUGCUGGAGCAGGCUUGCUUUCCCACUCUUCCACCCUGACUGGCACCCCCAUCAUGGAAGAGAGACGAGAUGACAAGAGCUGGAAGGGGAGCCUGGGAAUUCUCCUAGGUGGAGACUACCGUGCAGAGUCAGUCCCUUCCACUCCUUCACCAGUGCCACCCUCAACUCCCUUGCUCUCAGCUCACUCUAAGACAGGCAGCCGAGACUGCAGCACCCAAACAGAACGGGGAACGGAACCAAAUAAAACCACACCUGCUACUCCAAUCUCUAUCCCUGCUCCAGUUGUUACUGCUGCCUCCAUCAUUGCCAACACUGCUACAAACACCACCACCAUGGUAGCUGCUGCUCCAGUUGCUACUGCUGCUUCAGCUGCUGCCACUGCCACUGCUGCCCCAUCUCCAGCAACUGCUGCUAGUGCUGCUCUUGCUGCUACUGUUUCUCCAGCUGCUUCUGCUCAGAUCCCAGCUGCUGCUUCUGCUGUAGCUGCUGUUGUUGCUGUUGCUCCUGCUCCUGCUAUCACUGCCUCUGCUGUCCAAGUUGCUCCAGCUUUCCCAGCUAUGGUUCCAGCUUCAGUUCCAACUCCGGUUCCAGCUCCAGCAGCGGUUCAGGCUUCUGCUCCAGUUUCGACUCAGGCAACAACUCCAGCUUCGGUUUCAUCUGCUAUUUCAGUUCCAGCUUCUACUUUGUCUUUGGCUCAGGCUGAAACUUCUGCAAACCCAACUGCCAGUUCUGGACCAUGCCAUCUGUCUCUACCAAGUUUGACCUGCAAUCCAGACAAGACAGAUGGCCCUGUUUUUCACUCCAGUACCCUGGAAAGAAAAGUUCCUAUUCAGAUCCUGGGACAUGAGCCUGAUGCAGAGAUGGUGGAAUAUCUCAUCUGAAGGUUCUACUCAAAAGCUGCAGUUUAUCAGCAAGAAUUCUUUUAAUCAUUUAUUUUCUAUUGCUGUUCUUAUUUUGAGGGUGAGGAGAAAGUUUGAUGGGGUUGUUUUUUAAAGAGACUUUUUAUUGAAACAAAACAUUACUUAAAUAAUUCAGUGAACACCAGUCUUGUCUGCUACCUGUAGAAAGUAUCUCUAAAGACAGGUUAACAAGAAUUUGCUCUAAAGAUUAUUGUUGGGAUUUAUGCAAAUACUGGAACUGCUUAUGGAUUGGUAUACACCAAUGUUUUCCAUGUGCUUAAAUUUGUUUAACAUUUCCAUAUUCUGAAUCAUUUUAUUGAAGAGUACAGUAUGUUUGGAAGAUAGUUAAUAACAUGUAGUUCAGAGGUGGGAAGUCAGAAAGAAUCUGAGCAUGUACUGUUUUUACAUGGUUAUUAUCUGGGAAGUAUCCAGACAGAGCUCUUGCCAUGGGCUCAUGAAAGGGAAUAGUAUUUGGAACUAUGUAAGUUAUAGAAAAGCUAGGGAGUAUUUGGUUAUGGAAUGGAGUGGGGGUAAUUUUUCCUCUGAAUUUCCUAGCUACCCUGUGCCAGAGAAUUGUGUUUAAAUUCAUUUCAGUGGUGCUUUGGAAUUGAAUAAUUUUGGUUUCCUCCUAGAAGUACAUACAUUAGUAUGUAUACUUGGUAGUAAUUUAUGCAUUUGGAUAACUAAUAUAUUGCUUUCAGAUGCUAGGAGAGUAAAUUAUCUGAGUGAUGUACAACUUCCUCUCUUUUAGGAGUUAGGCCAUCAGAAGCUUUUAUGUAUUGUUGCAUGAGUGCUAUAUGCAGACUUCUAUGGUUUGUAUCUAGCCAGAGACACAGCUCUCUUACUUUGCUGAAACCAGUCUGUUUAUUGUUCAUUUCUUCUUUAGCACAGACAAACUGGCUGUGUCACCAGCCUCAGAGUGUAAAUCAUUUGCAUAAUGAGGAAGGUUUUUUUUUGUUGUUGUUGUUGAUGUGCUGAGUGUUUUGAGUGUCUGGUGACUAGUUUGUAAUAGUUCAUUUUGUUUUCUCAAAUUAUUAGCAUAUAUCUUAAAAGGUAUAUUUGACUAUCAUCUCUAAAUGAAUUGCACCAUAAUUCCAAAUGUUGCAGUCGGGGAGAGGUGGACUUCAGUAGGACCCUUAGCUACCUCUUCUCAUGCCAGUGACUCCAACUUAGAAUAACUUUGAAGGAUAGCAGGUAACACACCUGUAAUCAGAGACCUAGGAGGACACAUCUGUAGUCUUUGCUAGAGAGCAGCCUCCAGGGAAACAGAAGGGCUACCUAUUGCUACAAGUCCCCAUAAAAGAUACCACCUCUCUGCCCUUCAACAAGGUGACAAAUCUGUAAAUGACAUCAAAACCAGCUUCCCGGUAUAUUAAUAGGGUGAGAAUAUUGGGAGGUACUGGAUAAGGGUGGUGGGGGGUUAUGGGGCUGGGGAUGUGUUAGUUAGAAAGCAGAUUAAUAGAAUAGGCCUGAUACAUUAUGCCAUGAAGAAUAGUGACAAGAAGGAACUUUAGCAAUAUAACCCUUUGAGGUCAUUUGUAUCUCAAUGUCCACUCAUUUUAGUAAUGAGGAAACUGAGACCUGGAGAGAUUGAUGUUUUUAAGAGUAAACAAUACUGCUGUCAAUUCUAUCAGUUAUCAUGCUUGUUUUGGGAAACCUUAUAUAUUCUCCCCCCCAAAAAAACCCUAAUUUCAAGAAAAGGCAUAUUCAUAUUUGGGGCAUAUGUAGUUUAUAAAAUCUCCUUGGUUUUCAUAGUUAUUUCAGGGAUCUGAAUUCUUAUCUUGUUUUUCUGGCAGUGCCUUUUGAAAGGUUUUCCCUUUUUUGAUCCUAUUUUAAAACUGAGUCAUGUGAAACAUCGCUUAAGAAACCAACUUAAUUAUUCUGUUGCUAUGGGGUUGGCUGUCUUGAAUCAUCUUACAGGGUUUCUGUGUGAAUAUGAAAAUGGCAUACUUAACAGUAUUCUUGUGCCAGUCUUUAAUAUCUUCUUAAGGAGUGUGUGACUUUUAGCCAGCCAUGGCAUUUUUAAUUAUGAAGUCUUCCCUUAUCAAGUGAAUCCCAAACAAACAAAACAUGUGGUAAAGCACAUUCAAACCUCCUUUUAGUUAUAAGGGGAAAAGCAUCAAGCAUUAAAGGUAACCACCAACAAAUAUAAGGAAAACUACUUUUCAUCCAAAUAAACACAUAAAAAUAAAACAAACCUUUCACAUGGCUAUGCCACAUUUCUGGAAUUUUUGCUAGCACUGGGAGCCAUAAUAUUAAUCACAUUUUGAAAGAUGACAAAUGUUAUACGUUCCACACUGUGUGACAACUAUCCAUGUAUUUUGGAGAAAGAAGGGAAUUCUUGUCUAAGCACAAUUCCUAAUUUUCAACAUCUCUGUCCCUUUACCCCACAGGUAUUUUUUUUCUCAAUCCCAUCUUAGUUAAUGUUCUAAAAUCAUACCAUUCAUUUAAGAGAUGGUAGAAGUUUGUAUCAGUGUAUUCAUUUACAAAGAAUAUAUAAAUUCAUCCUUUUCAAAAAUGUCUUAAAACUGUUAUUUUAAGAAUUCAGGCUUAUGGGAUAAAUCUCAAGUUAUUCACAUUUUCACAUUUAUGUGGAUGUAACAUUUGGGGAUCUUUCUGAACUCCCACCUAUCUAUGCAUUUUAUUGGCACCUCAGAACAAGAGGACCAUCUUGUUGUCUUAACUUGUACUACCCAGUGUUCUCUGGGUACCGUAUAAGUAUGUUUUACUCCUACGUUUCAGUUCAGAAAAACUUCAUAAGAAUGAACUCUACUUGAUUUAAAUUCACAUUAACAAUUUUUAUGAAAUAAAUGUAGCUUGAGAAUUCUUGAUUGUUGUUUUAAUGAAGGAUUAAUUUUCAUUGCUGCUCUUGAGUUUCAGGAUAAUAGGAUAGCAAGAGCCUGAAAUGUCUACCAUCAUCUGUCAUAGGAAACAUACCAAGCAACCCGUUAUGCUCUUUUUCUUGUUACAUUGUUGGGUGGAUACAGUUGGAAAGUGAACAAAUUGAAAACUACUUUUUAGGAAGAGCCUAAACACUUAUGCCAUGACAGCUUAAACUGUAUUCAUAUGCAUCAACUUUUAUAAAUUAUAGUCUCAUGUUUCUUAGCCAUACAGUCUCCUGUUAUCUCAGUUGCAUAUUCACAUAUGGAUUAUGUUACUUAAAAUGUAUGCAUCAUUACUGGUUAUGUUUUCAAAGGAAGGCAUAAGAUAUAGGAUAAAUGCAACCAGCUUCAACUCACCAUGAUUCUUGGAAAUUUAUCAUCUUGUAAGUGUCAUCCAUCAUCAAUAGGACAAGUACUGGAGUUUGUUUAUUUUUUCCAGUAGCAACAAUGGGUUACAUAGAAUCAUCAAAUCUACUGGACUCCCCUGUGAUUAAUGGCAUGUGUAUGUAAAAUGAAUAGUUGGCGUUGGCAGAUGUAUGAAAUUGCCUUGGUUUAAAAUGUAUGUGGUUCCAUAAUGUUCAAAACCCUGUACUGUAAUCAGCUGAGCUAGUUCCAAUAAAGUUAAGCAGGUUUGAAUACACGUUGUGCCUAUCUUUUCACUAAUAAUAAAGUUAGAUAUUUUAAAAUUCA